GCGCGGGGGUGGGGAGGGGCGGGAGAGCGAUGCGGGCGGGCUCGGCUGCCGCCGCGGCGGGGAGGGACGUGGUAAUUCUAGAAGCUAUGGACGUACUCUUUAGAAUAAGGGGAGGCUUGGAUCUUGCAUUUCAGCUGGCAACUACUGAUGAGGCAUCAACAAAGAAGGCAUUAGGAUAUGUUUUCAGUGAUCUUGCUAACAAACUGUCCUCAGAUGUUCUUGUAUUGAGAAUUCGCCACAGUUCAGUCUAUGUGUGGCCUAACAGUGGUGUGAACACUGUUCCAGAGCUGACUGAUGAAUCCGCUUGUAAGGAGAUAAGACGAUUUAUACAAUUUGAUCAAGAUGAUGAGACCAAACGAAAGCUUGGCAAAAAAAAGGAUAAAAAGUUACAAGAUACGCAGCAGAUAGUCAAUGUAGACCUCAUGUUGGAAAUGACGUCUUCAUUAGCUGCUUUGGCUCCUGUCAUUGAAAGGGAAAAUAAGGAACACCACUACGUUAACAUGACAUUGCCAGUUGAUGUCGUUGUAUCUGUUUCUCCAGAAGAACCAUGGGGAAAGGUACAAAAUCUGCUGGUAAAAGCAAUUCACAGGCAAUUAACUGACAUGGAAAGAUGUAUCAUGAAAUACAUGAAGGGAACAUCAAUUGUGGUGCCAGAACAAUUUCAUUUCAUGUUACCAGGAAAAAAUCAUCUUGUAACAAUCUCGUAUCCUACGGGUAUUUCCGAUGAUCAACUGGAAAGUUACAGAAAGGAAUUGCAUGGGUUAUUCAAUCUGCCUUGUGACAGACCAUAUUUCAAGAGAGCAAAUGCUUAUCAUUUUCCAGAUGAACCAUAUAAAGAUGGAUAUCUGAGAAAUCCACAUUUACAUCUUAAUUCACCUGGUACGGAGUCUGGUAUGGUUUAUUUAGUACAUGGUGUGUAUAGUUACCACCACUAUAUGCAGGAUCGGAUUGACGACAGUGGCUGGGGCUGUGCCUAUCGGUCUUUGCAGACAAUCUGUUCUUGGUUCAGGCACCAAGGUUACGUUGAUAGGCCAGUACCGACACACAAGGAAAUUCAACAGGCCCUGGUGGAUGCUGGAGACAAGCCUGCGGCAUUUGUUGGGUCACGGCAAUGGAUUGGUUCCAUUGAGGUACAGCUUGUUUUGAAUCAGCUUUUUGGAAUAACGUCCAAAAUAUUAUUUGUCAGCCAGGGUUCCGAGCUAGCGUUGCAGGGAAGAGAGCUUGCUAAUCACUUCAAGACUGAAGGAACUCCGGUUAUGAUUGGUGGAGGUGUUUUGGCUCACACGAUAUUGGGAGUGGCGUGGAAUGAGAUUACAGGGCACAUAAAAUACUUGAUUCUAGACCCGCAUUACACUGGAGGAGAAGAUCUGCAUGUCGUUUUGGAGAAGGGCUGGUGUGGAUGGAAGGGGCCGGAGUUUUGGACCAAGGAUGCCUAUUAUAACCUGUGCCUACCUCAGCGACCAAAAACUAUUUGAAUUCCACUCUUAGGCUGGAACGUGCAAAGCCAGAAUGCUACCCGAUCUGCAUACAGCUGUCUUGUUAUUUAUUGGAGUAAUGCUCUAAGGCAAUCAAAACCCAGUUGAAAUAGAAAUGUUGCUUGAGUAAUUUAAAUUAAGAAAUUAUUUUAUUUUUUUUUAAAUGAAACCUGUAAAAAUAAGUUAGCUGCUGUGAACUGUAUUUCUUACAAAUACAUUUAUUAGGUAACUGAUACUCUCUGCUUUUGGCUAGGAUAUCUUCAUGUUUAUAUAGCAUUUUUUGUUAUGUUAAAUCUGUACAGAUUAAAUACCCAAAUCCUUUUAUUUAAUGGAAUUUUUUCUUGCUAAAAAGAUGAACUACCUUUCAAGUGCACCAUGAGUCUGUUCAAAGGCAUCAUUUGCUGCCGGUACGGUUGAUAAGAGCAUUUUAGAAUAACAGGAUUUUAGAAGAAGGGAGGAAAAUGGCUAUAUGUGCUGAAUUUUAUGAACUAUGUAAAUAUGAUUUAGGAAAAAAAUGUAAUUGUUUAUGCUUGUUUAUUUAUAGCUGUAUGAAUACAUCUAUUCUAGAGAAAAACCUACACCACAACGGUCUUCUGUAAGAAGUAAAAUAAAGGAGCUUUCCUUCUCUGCGGAAGGAGACACUGUACCAGA